CCGGAUCUUACCGGUGGCCAACUACUGCCACGACUCUGGCCGGACAUAUCCCGGCGGACGACGGCAGACCGGAGCCGACCAAUUCCAGCCAAAGCGGUACAGCGGAACGACUCUGGCCGGCGGAACACGUGCGGCGGGAGGCCACGUAUCGAAGGCGCGCGGUAGCCGGUUCUGGACCGGAGGCCGCGGCGCAGGUUUGCUGCUGAAGAACGUGCAGAACGAGCGGUGAAGUGUUGAUUGUUGGUCGUGCCCAGGAGGAGGUAGAGAAGAUUGAACUGCUAAAGAAGUGCUUUGUGUAGGAGAAAAGAAGAAGAGGACGCUAAGUGCGAAGGUCAAGGCCAUGUAGGCAAGGUUGGGGUGAAUAAAAAAUUGUUGAUCGAGAAAGUUAAGUUGUUUUUAUGUAGAAAUAGUCUUUUUGCAACACAUUCCGGAAACCAUAACAACCGAUCAAAGACGACAGUUCGAAUCCGAACUGUUCCGGGAACUGAGCCAGCUCUUGGGAAUUAAACGCAUUCGGACAACAGCGUAUCACCCUCAGGCGAACGGCAUGGUCGAGCGCUUCCACAGGACGAUGAAAGCUGUUAUCAUGUGUGUGGACUCGAAACACUGGAGCGACAAACUUCCGUUGAUUCUCUUGGGGCUUCGAUCGUCCUUCCGAGAGGACAUGAAAUGCACCUCUGCCGAAAUGGUGUACGGUCAAACGCUGAAGCUGCCUGGUGAGUUUUUCAAAGCGCCGGUGCGAGGGGAAGUGGACCGCUCGGAGUUCGUCCGUUUGCUUAAGCGAACUCUCCAACAACUCGCACCUGUUGGCGGUAGCAACCACGCAAAGCCCAAAGUAUUUUUGCCGAAGGACCUGACCACUUGUGACUUUGUGUUCGUUCGAGUUGACCACGUCAAGCGGCCGUUGCAGCAACCGUACGACGGACCUUACGAAGUUGUCAACCGAAGCAGCAAGUUCUUCGAUGUCCGCAUCGGUGGCAAGGAGAAGCGCAUCGACAGGAUCAAACCAGCAUUCAACUCCAGACGAAGGCGCCAAAACUAAAGUUAC